AUGAAUCUCACUUGUUCGCCCUCGGCGAUUCAACCCCCAGCCGUCUACGGCGCAGAAAUCCUCAACCUGUCAGCCGCCUGGGUCACCAACUACACGCGCACCGUCCCGGCCACAUUCAACUACAACCACGGUGACGUCGAAUUGCGCAAUGCAGAGUUCUGCAACAUCACCGUCACAUACACGCACCCGGGGUACGACGACCGCAUCACCGUGGAGACCUGGCUCCCGCGCCACGGCUGGAACGGCCGCCUGCAAGCCACCGGCGGCGGAGGCUGGCAGGCCGGUCGCUUCGUGCUGUCCCAGUUCUUCAUGGGCGGGGCGAUCGGCGAAGGAUACGCCGCGACGACUACCGACGCGGGACUGGGCGAUGCGGCCUUCCCAACUUCAUGGGCACUCAAAAGCCCCGGCAACGUCGACUACGCGGCGCUGCAUAAUCUGGGUUCCCGCUCGUUGAACGACCAAGCAGUCAUCGGCAAGAGCCUGAUCCGCAGCUUCUAUGGACACAAUCCGAACUAUUCCUACUGGAGUGGCUGCUCCCAGGGCGGGCGACAGGGACUGAUGCUGGCGCAGCGGUAUCCAACAGCGUACGACGGCAUCGCGGCGUCCGCGCCCGCACAAUCCUGGACCAAGUUUGUCUCCGCGGUGUACUACCCGCUGUUGAUGAGGGAGUGGCGUGGGGUUCAUCCAUUGGCGUGCGAGUUGAAUUUCUUGACGGCGGAGGCUAUCGCCCACUGUGAUCCCAAGGAUGGGGUUGUAGACGGGAUUAUCUCCAACAUGACGGCGUGCGAUUACAGCCCGUAUACCUCCGUCAACCAGACAUUUCACUGCUCCACCCUCAAUCGAACAAUUGCGCUUAGCGAAGGUGCUGCGAUCAUCGCCGACGCCGCCUGGUCCGGCCCGCGGACGCAGGAUGGCAAGUUCCUCUGGUACGGGGUGAAUCCCGGCUCCGACAUCAGCAGCUAUGGCUCCGUGCCCGGCCAGAACAGCACCCAGGCGGAUGUCUGGUUCAACCUGUUUGUUGCCAAGAACGCCAGCUUCGAGACGAGCAAGAUGACUCGCGCGGAGUACGAGCGGGCCUUCCACCUCGCCAGCCAGGAGUAUACCGAUUUCAUGAACGCCGCUGAUCCCGACCUGAGCGAGUUCCGCAACGCGGGCGGGAAGCUCAUCACUUAUCAUGGCAUGGCCGACCCCAGUAUCCCGACCAAGGACACCGAGUUCUACUACAACGCGGUGACGGAUCUCUUCCCCGAUGUUCAGGAAUUCUAUCGCUUCUUCGAGGCGCCCGGGUUGGGGCAUUGCUCGGGCGGUGUGGGCGGGCAGCCCACCACUACGUUCGAUGCCCUAAGACUGUGGGUGGAGAACGGGACAGCCCCUGCGACUCUGCCUGUGGAGUACACAGGGUCCGAUGGGGCGAAGCAGUCGCGCAUCCUGUGUCCUUAUCCUGCUCAGGCGAAGUAUAUACGAGGCGAUGCUUCUUCGGCGGAGAGUUUCCGCUGUGUCUAG